UCAGCCUCCAUCAUGUCGGGGAACAACCUGGUUCUGCCCAUAGUUCUGUGGGGCCGGACGGCGCCGACCCACUGCAUCAGCAGCCUGCUGGUGAUGGACGACUUCAACACCAUCAUCACCGGCUGCCAUGAUGGACAGAUCUGUCUCUGGGACAUGACGCCCGAGCUGAAGAUUUGUCCCCGGGCGAUGCUGUUCGGCCACACGUCCUCCAUCACCUGUUUGUCCAAAGCCAGCCUCUGCGGGGACAAGCAGUACAUCGUCAGCGCUUCAGAGAGCGGGGAGAUGUGUCUGUGGGACGUCAACGACGGUCGGUGUAUCGAGUUCACCAAGCUGGCCUGCGCCCACACGGGGAUUCAGUUCUAUCAGUUCACCAUCGGCACGCAGAAGGAGGGGCGCCUGCUCUGCAACGGCCAUUACCCAGAAGUCCUUGUGGUGGACGCCACCAGCCUGGAGGUUCUGUACUCGCUCGUGUCCAAGAUCGCCCCCGACUGGAUCAGCUCCAUGAGCAUCGUCCGCUCGCAUCGCACGCAAGAGGACACGGUGGUGGCGGUGUCGGUGACGGGCAUCCUGAAGGUCUGGAUCAUCACAGCCGAGGUCAGCAGGAUGCAGGACCUGGACCCGGUCUUUGAGGAGGAGUCCAAACCCAUCUACUGCCAGGGCUGUCAGAGCAUCUCCUUCUGCAGCUUCACUCAGAACAGCCUGCUGGUCGUCUGCUCCAAGUACUGGAGGGUGUUCGACGCCGGCGACUACUCGCUGCUCUGCUCGGUGCCCAGCGACGGCGAACAGGCGUGGACCGGAGGAGAGUUCGUCUCUGCGGACAAAGUCAUCGUCUGGACCGAGGACGGCUGCAGUUCGGUCUACAAGCUGCCGGCCAGCUGCCUGUCUGCCAGCGAACACUUCCGCAGCGACGUCGGCAGAACCAAAGAAGGCGCGGUCCCUCCGCUCGUCUACAGGAUCGCCGAUCGACCCGACAAACAGCUCUUGAUCUGUCCUCCAGUGACCCGGUUCUUCUUCGGUCGGCGGGAACCGUUCCACAAGUUGCUGGUCCAGGGAGACUCGGCGGGCCGGCUUUCGCUGUGGAGCAUCCCGGACUCGUCGCCUCGGCAGCCAGCAGGAACGUUCACAGAGCUGCAGGUGUCGUCCACCGUCAGCCUCCAGGAGGCCUUCGACCGCCUGAUGCCCGUCUCGUCCGGGAUCAUCGACCAGCUCAGCGUCCUGCCCGGAAAAGAAGAGCCCAUCAAGGUGACGGCCAGCGUUUACAUCCCAUCUCAAGGACGCCUGGUCUGCGGAAGAGAAGACGGCAGCAUCGUCCUGGUUCCUGCCACGCAGACAGCCAUCGUUCAGCUGCUGCAGGGGGAGCACAUGCUCAGGAGGGGCUGGCCGCCGCACCGGACCCUGCGGGGCCACCGCAACAAGGUGACCUGUGUCCUGUACCCGUACCAGGUGUCCCCCCGAUACGACCAGCGCUCGCUGGUGUCGGGAGGCGUGGACUUCUCAGUCAUCGUCUGGGACAUCUUCACCGGAGAGAUGAAGCACAUCUUCUGCGUUCACGGGGGGGAGAUCACGCAGCUCAUCGUCCUGCCAGAGAACUGCAGCACCCGGGUGCAGCACUGCGUUUGCUCGGUGGCCAGCGAUCACUCCGUGGGCCUGCUCAGCCUCCGGGAGAGGAAGUGCAUCAUGCUGGCGUCACGACACCUGUUCCCCAUCCAGGUCAUCAAGUGGCGCCCGGCGGACGACUACCUGGUGGUGGGGUGUUCCGACGGAUCCGUCUACGUCUGGCAGAUGGAUACGGGAGCGCUGGACCGCUGCGUGAUGGGAAUAACGGCGGUGGAGAUCCUGAACGCCUGCGACGAGCUCGCUCCGGCCACCGUGGACGCUCUGAGCCACUCGGCCGUCAACCUGAAGCAGGCGAUGACGCGCCGCAGCCUGGCUGCGCUGAAGAACAUGGCCCAGCACAAGCUGCAGACGCUCGCCACCAACCUGCUGGCUGCGGACAACGCCGACAAGGGUAACCUUCCAAAAUACUCCCACAAUGCACUGGUGGUCCAGGCCAUGAAGACCAACCUGACGGACCCCGACAUGCACGUGCUGUUCUUUGACGUGGAGGCACUGAUCAUCCAGCUUCUGACGGAGGAAGCACAAAGACCGAACCCCAUGCUGGUGUCCCCCGAGACGCUGCAGAAAAGCCAGGCGGGGGCUGACAAGGGGGGGUCCUUCUUGGCCAACAAAAUCUUCAAACAGGUGAAGGAGACGAUGAAGGAGACCAUCAAGGAGCACCUGCUCGACGAUGAUGAGGAAGAGGAGGAGGAGAUGAGGAAGCGCGAGGAGAAGUCCAAAUCUCUGAGCCUCCUGGAGUACAACCUGACGAUGGACACGGCCAAGCUCUUCAUGUCCUGCCUGCACGCCUGGGGCCUGAACGAACAGCUGGAUGGCAUCUGUCUGGAGCGACUGGGCAUGCUCAGACCGCACUGCCCCAUCUCCUUCGGCCUGAUUUCCAGAGGAGGCCACAUGUCCCUCAUGCUGCCCACCUUCAAGGAGUCCUUGCUGCGUCAGUUGUCCUUUGCGACUGGUCUGAAGCUCUCUUUAUCAGAUAUAGUGGGGAAGGGGACGUACGGCGUCUCCAGGGCCGUCACCACGCAGCACCUGCUGUCGGCCAUCUCUCUGGCCAACACCUUGAUGGGCAUGACCAAUGCCACGUUCGUUGGGGAGCACAUGAAGAAAGCUCCGGUCAGGCCCCCCAGACCAGGAGGAACCCCGGAUUCUCCUCGGAGGACGCCUGCCGCCCCCCAUCAGCCCUCCAACCCGGCGCUGCAGGCCCAGAUCAAACAAGGGUGGAGCCAGCUGGCCGCCAUGCACUGCGUGAUGCUGCCGGAUCUCCUCGGCCUGGACAAGUACAGACCUCCUCUGCUGGAGAUGCUGGCGAGGAGAUGGCAGGACCGAUGUCUGGAGGUACGUGAAGCUGCCCAGGCUCUUCUUCUGGCUGAGUUACGAAGGAUCGGCCAGUCGGGACGCAAAGAUACCAUCGACAUGUGGGCUUCCUACCUGCCUCAGUAUGUGGACACGGUCACCUCCCCUGGGACGUCCACUGAGCCCUCCCCUCAGGCUCCGCCCCCUCCCGAGGCUCAGCCAAUAGAAACGAAGGCUCCGGAGGAGGAGAUGGACGUCACUGAUGAUGACAUCACAGCAGGAUGUCUGUCUAACCUUCCACCAAAUGCCAAGAAGAUCUCUAACUCGUACGAGGAGCGGCGCAAACAGGCCACCGCCAUCGUGCUGCUCGGAGUCAUCGGAGCUGAAUUUGGCGCCGAGAUCGAACCGCCGAAAGGCUCGGGCCGAGCUCGAGCAGGCGGACAGGCACCUGAAGGUUUUGGACUCACGAGCGGAGGGUCGUCGAACUACUCUUUGGCAAGACACACUUGUAAGGCGCUGACGUUCCUGCUGCUGCAGCCCCCCAGCCCCAAGCUGCCCGCCCACAGCACCAUCCGCCGCACCGCCAUCGAUCUCAUCGGCCGAGGCUUCACCGUCUGGGAGCCGUACAUGGACGUGUCGGCGGUGCUCAUGGGACUGCUGGAGCUGUGCGCCGACGCAGAGAAGCAGCUGGCCAACGUCACCAUGGGUCUGCCCCUCAACCCACCAGCGGACGCAGCUCGUUCUGCUCGCCAUGCCCUUUCUCUAAUCGCCACCGCCCGACCACCGGCCUUCAUCACCACCAUCGCAAAAGAGGUCCAUCGUUACAACGCAGCUCAGGCAAACUCGCAGUCCCAACAAAAUGUCCACACGACCACUCUGUCCCGAGCCAAGACCGAGAUCCUGCGAGUGAUCGACAUCCUGAUAGAAAAGAUGCCCGGAGAUGUCGUCGAUCUGCUGGUCGAAGUGAUGGACAUCAUCAUGUACUGUGUCGAAGGCUCUCUGGUGAAGAAGAAAGGACUGCAGGAGUGUUUCCCCAAUAUCUGCAAGUUUUACAUGGUGGGUUACUGCGACCGCAGCCACCGCAUCGCCGUCGGAGCUCGGCAGGGUUCAGUGGCGCUCUACGAUGUUCGGACCGGGAAAUGUCAGAACAUCCACGGCCACAAAGGUCCGAUUACAGCCGUCUCCUUCGCCCCCGAUGGGCGCUACUUGGCGACGUACUCCAACGCUGACAGCCACAUCUGCUUCUGGCAGAUGAACACCAGCCUCCUCGGCAGCAUCGGGAUGCUGAACUCGGCCCCCCAGCUCCGCUGCAUCAAAACCUACCAGGUCCCUCCGGUCCAGCCCGCCUCCCCGGGCUCCCAGAACCACCUGAAGCUGGCCCGCCUCAUCUGGACCUCCAACCGCAACGUCAUCCUGAUGGCUCACGACGGCAAGGAGCACCGCUUCAUGGUCUAACCCCGACCCGCCUGAGCCCCCCACGCACCCCGAGUCUUUAAAUCUGGUAAAACCAGGACCUGAU